GUAGAUUUCCCUACAUGGUCAAAAGGAUUUCGCAAUACUUCGAGUAGCUCUAGGUACAUGAUCUAAACAAACAAAACAGACUCCAUCAACUAACUUAUGGUCAACGGACAUUUACUCCUAACUUUUUAUACUUUGAUGGGCAAUUGACGACACAUAAAAAGCAGACAAGGUACGUCGUUGGUUUUUUUUUUUUGGCAAUGUUUUCCAAGUCAUCUUCUAUGGAAAAGGUAUAGCUAGCUAGGCUAACUGGCUAGCUAGGCUAACUGGAAUCACACAAGCUACUCCAGUAAAACUCCCCGGUGUACAGGAGUGUAUCCAGACAGCGCCGAGCCCAUUCAUCCAGACAGCGCCGAGCCCAUUCAUCCAGACAGCGCCGAGCCCAUUCAUCCAGACAGCGCCGGGGCCCAUUCAUCCAGACAGCGCCGAGCCCAUUCAUCCACAGUGGCGCCCCAACCAGCACGCCAGUCAUAGCAGACGCACAGUGAGACUAGUGGUCAGCAGAUACGAACCAAAUGAGCGAGGGGUCGCAGCAGAAGAUAAACACGGAGCAAAACAGAGGGACUGUUAGUGUGAUCCAGAGCCAGGCUAGUGCACCACCAGGAGGAAGCUUACAGCAGGUACCCCAGCUAGUCCCUGUGACCCCAGCCGGAGGAGGAGGAGGAGGAGGAAGCAGCAAGGCCACUCCACCCGGUAAGAUGAAGAAGACGUCGGGGGACAAGGACAGUGACGAGUACCGUCAGAGGAGAGAGCGGAAUAACCUGGCGGUGAAGAAGAGCAGAAUGAGAUCUAAACAGAAGGCCCAGGACACGCAGCAACGCGUCAACGAGCUGAAAGAGGAAAACGAGAGGUUGGAAGCUAAGAUCAAGCUGCUCAGCAAGGAGCUGUCUGUCCUCAAGGACCUCUUCCUGGAGCACGCUCACAACCUGGCCGACAACGUCCAAGCGCCAGGCGUAGAGGGGGCCAGCCCCGCCCACAACAACAACAACAAUGGGGCGUGUAACAACAACAAUAACAGCAGCCAGUGAGAAGAGGGCAGGGACAUGAGAGUGCUUCCCAAAUGGCACCCUAUUUUCCCCAUAGGGCUCUGGUCUAAAGUAGUGCACUAUAUAUAGGGAAUAGGGUGCCAUAGGGCUCUGGUCUAAAGUAGUGCACUAUAUAUAGGGAAUAGGGUUCCAUAGGGCUCCGGUCUAAAGUAGUGCACUAUAUAUAGGGAAUAGGGUGCCAUAGGGCUCCGGUCUAAAGUAGUGCACUAUAUAUAGGGAAUAGGGUGCCAUAGGGCUCCGGUCUAAAGUAGUGCACUAUAUAUAGGGAAUAGGGUGCCAUAGGGCUCCGGUCUAAAGUAGUGCACUAUAUAUAGGGAAUAGGGUGCCAUAGGGCUCUGGUCUAAAGUAGUGCACUAUAUAUAGGGAAUAGGGUGCCAUAGGGCUCUGGUCUAAAGUAGUGCACUAUAUAUAGGGAAUAGGGUGCCAUUUUGAGUCAACCAGGGUGAUGAUAGACAGCUCGCCACAGCUUCUUAAUAAUCCUACUGGAGUUUCUUCCUUUCUCUCCUCCCAGAGAUGAUAUAUACUGUCAGAGAGAUUUCACUCUUGUCUUCUUUGUGCGUUCAGAUUGGUUCAUAUGAUGGAGAUUAUUAUAAUUUUAUUAUUUUUUUUUAAAGAGUUUCAGGUCAGGAAUUGUCCACUUUAAUAAAAUAAUAAUAAUAAUUGUUUUUGGGGGGACUAUUUGGAUACAUUUCUAAAAGAGACCUGUUGUGUCACAAGAUUAAACUAUUCACUAGUUAGGAUGAUGUGAUCCCUUUUUGGUUUCUUGUUCCUUAUUAAAGAGUCUUUGUUGAACUCGCUAACGGUUCGUCUGGCAUUUAGUAUUGUCAGUACAUUCACUACGUUUGGACUUAAUCAGAAUGAUGUAUGCUUGUUUUUAUUUUGGAUGUCUGGCGGCGUCAGAUAUACACACGUUGUACAUAUUUUUUUUUUCUUUUAUUAUAAUUUUUUUUUAUAUAUAUAUAUAUAUAUAUGUGUGUAUAUUUCUUUGUGUCCUAAUCGAAUGGCUUUACUUCUGCUUUGAGCUGUUUUGGGUAGAAGGGGAAUGUAAAUAUCAAGAGUUAAAUACAAAGAGGUAGGAUAGGCUUUGGGUCCAAAGCCUAACUUAAGAUCAGAAACGCUUAACACAGGUUUUUGUUUUGCGCAAGACGUGUAGUUGUCGACGUCAAAUGGGAGCUUUGCACGAUCUCGAGUUAGGUUUCAGGCCUGUGUUGAGAUGCAGUUAGUCCACUGUAUUUAUUUACCCAUAGUUCCAUAGGCCUCAGACCAGCCCUCUUCAGUCAGAGACCCAGACAGACAGAGGCGGCGUCUCAAAUAGGACCCUGUUCCCUAGAUGGUGCACUAGUUUUGACCCCCUAUGUGGCGCUGGUCCAAAAAUUUCACUAAGUACAGAAUAGGGUGCCAUUUGGGAUGCAUACGGGACAGAGUUGUGUUCACGUUUUAAGGCGUGGCCCCCAGCCCAGACUAUCACGCACCUUCCGUGGGAUUAAACUCCCAGACGUUUCGCCAUGGCGUCACAGGCUACCGCUAAAUCAAAGUUAAGCCUUUCUCCAUAAACACCAAACCCUAAAAACCUGGAGAGAGAGAGAUAGAGAAUGGCUCAUUGUCCUGUUGUUGUUCUGUCUGUCUGUCUGUCUGGGCGUUGUGGAGAUGCUAAAUUAACUCCUAAUUAGCCCGGCUAGCUAGAACAGAGCGAGGCAUGUUGGCUUCCGUCUCCAACGCUGUCAGGCUCAGUCACCGCGAUAUCACAAUGUAUACAAAGGCAGACACUGAUUUUUCUGUGUUGUUGUAUGUUUCUGUUGUCAAACUGAGAUGUUAUCCAGCAUCGUGAGCAUCAUUGUUUUACCGUAGGAUUGUCUUCUCUGAAGACAAACGGCAUAUUCUGAUGUUGUCAGGAUAACGACGUGUAUUUGCCCAGAGGAGAUCAACGUUGUCUGUUGAGUGUCUGUGAUUUUUUUUAUAUAUUUUUUUUAAUUUUAUUUUCUUCUCCAGGAUGCGUCCCCAAUGGCACCCUGUUCCCUAUAUAGUGCACUACUUUUUUUGUUGUUGUUGUUGAGUAGAGCCUUGUCAACACUAUAUAACAUCUAGGGUGUCUUUUGGAGCGCUGCUGUAGACUUCUGUACCUCAGGCUACCAGUAUUAGCCUCACCAAACAGGGCCUUUUAAAAAAAAAUAUUUUUCCCUUUUUCUCAACAAGACCUCUGAAGCAUCUUUUCUUCUUUGUUUUUCUACAACUUGGAUUUUUUAAAAGCAGCAUGAUGGAGGCCGUUUGCAUGAGGGUGGGUGGGAGCACUGUUGAAAUAUCUUAUGUAAGAGAGAGAGGAUAGCAAAUACGGGCAUAUUGAAACCGUUCUCUUCAACAUGUUGUUCAGUGUUGUUGUUGUUGUUGUUGUUGAGCAGAAGGUCACACUAAAUUGAAAAACAUAAUGUCUGAAUUCAAUAGAAAAAAUAUUUUGUAAAAAAAAAAAAAAAAAAUUGUGACAAAUUUGUUAAAUAUUUCCAUUAAUAUUUGUUUUGGUAUGAAUGUUGCUGGGCAGCAUUUUCUCUUAGCUAGACUUGCUCGUUUUUUUUAUAAGAUUAUAUUGGGGUAACGUGCAUUGUAAAUUAAAAUUGAGUACAAACUUUCAA